AUGGCCGAAAGUCCCAAUAUCAGCUCGCCGGCAGCACCCGAGCGCAUCAAUCGCUGGUCAGAAAUUGACAUCCUGGACCGCACCGCACCGGGCAGUCUCAUUCGCACGCCUACGGGCGACUUCAUCACCCGCGAGCAGUAUGCGGCUCUUCCGGGCCGCCCAAUGACGGUAAGUGAGCGCCAGGCCAAGAUUAGGCAGCGUGUGCAGGAGGAAAGAGCGAAAAUGGAACGCGAGCAGCGGCAGCGGCAGGAGCAGGAGGAGGAGCACGAGCGACAAAUGUUCGCACGGCGCAGCAUUGAGCGCUUCCUAGCAGGAGCGGCUCUUGCUGAGGAGGACACGGCUCAAGACGAGCCAAUAGAGAUGCAGGAGCAGGGAGCACAGGCCGUCGAGAAGGGCAAGAGCAAGGUGAGUGAACGCAACCUGAACUACCCGGAGAAGUUGCCGUACUAA